ACUGUCGGUACGGUUGUGCGGCUUUCAGUGGGCUGCCAGCGGUCGCCCUGGGCACCACCUGCAUGGAUGGAGCCUACCCGUGUACCCAGGGCCCCAGCUCCACGUCUUAUUUUCCUCGUUGCAACGUUGGCUCUCACUUUCGCAGCGACCGGAUUAUUGUGUGGUGCCAUAAUGUCGGAUCACUGGGAGGAAGUUGGCUGGGACAAGGAGGCUUUGACCCACGCGAAUGUUACACUUAAAUGGUACUUGGAUGGACAGGUGGCGAUGCUAGAGCAAACUCCCGGUCACAGAAAUCAUCAUCCUAGCAGACGAGCUACCUUCCUUGUACCAAUGUACGGCGGAAUUUGGAUCAUGUGCGUCUCCCUCACUGAGGAGGAAAUACGACUACUGGGUCAGGUAGGUUUUCCGCAAGGGAGGUGCAUUAACUACUUGACGCCUGACGAAGUACACGAGGAGAUCCGCGCCGCCUGGCAGAAUCGGAUGCAGAAUUUGAGUAUCUCCUGUUCUCUAGUCUGUCUGAUUAUCUUGGGCACAGCAGUUCUCAUUGGAUUUUUUGGACUCUGCAGACACCAAAUAUCGGCCGUCCUCAUUACCGGUGUGAUGUAUCUUUUAGCAGCCACGUUCGCGUUGUUCACCCUGACGAUAAUUCACUUCAAGAGAGCUCAGGAUCGGGGAACUCGAAUACCCGACGGCCCUGAGGAUGGUGUAAUUGGUGGACCGGUUCCCCGUAAUGUUCUCAAGGCCAGACGAUUCACCAGCUCCUGGAGCAUGGACUUCGGAUGGGGUGGCGUUACAAUUUGCGCCCUUGCCUCGGUUGCAUGGAUCUUGCUCAGCAAAAUAAUGCGUUUCAGCCCUAUUGCUGCUAUGAUAGCGUAGCAGUGGGAAGCCUUCGAGGUCUAAAGUCGUUUCCAAAAGUUACAAUAUAGCGUUUCGAUGUCGUCGCCUCUUUAAGCGUGUUUCAAAUCAAAGGUGAUUGCAUUCAUCCAUGAUGGGAAGUGGGUCACAGGAGUUGAUUGUGUAGUUUCUGAUUUAUUCUGACUAGAAAGUGAGUCAGCUUGAUGGGCAGCUCAAUACCAUGAACUAUUUUGUGAGCUAUGGAAUUUUCAUUGUGUGGAGUAACCAAUUUGUGUCAAGUUGUUAUUCACAGUCUGUAAAGUAAGAAGGCUUUAGCAUAUAGGUGGAAGUUUGACAUUUGGGAGUAAUGGAAACAGGGUACACGACAUUGAGACAAUUUUGAGAGUAUUUUUUCAGAAACGAUAUCAGAGUCAAAAAUGACCACCUCGAAGGCAGUUUGUUUUAUCAACAGGUAAUGCGUGUUGCAUAGUGUUUGUCAAAUUUAUGGGACUAACUUGGACCGGUCUAAAGUAUGGCAAGGUAUGGAAGGAGCCUAAUUUUUGGCAAACCUUCUAUAUGCAACAUUUUGUACAAUUUAUCUAACAAUCUCUAGUCUUUGACAAAGAAAAUAUACACGGAUGAGUGAAGAACUAUAUGUUCAAGAGGGAUGUACAAGCUUUAAAGUAAUACCUCUUGUAUCUUUGAGUUUCCAAAUCUUUAAAGUUUUGCACAAAUUUAUUGCCCUAUCGAGAUAAUUCAAAGAUCCCCUUUUCAUAUAGAUCUUUACUAUAAAGUAAAAUAUUUACAGGUACAUGAGUAAUGAGAUAAUGUGUGUGGGAGGAGAGUAAGGUGUCUGAACUGAAGAAGUAUUAUUCAUUGAUAAGUAGAACAGAGUACACGUUUACCUCAGUUUUGAUUUGCAGUCAGAUUAGUCAAUUACUGUACGAGUAAAGAAACCUUACUGUUUCUAGUCUGUCUUUUUAGACAUAUUUUUAAUAUACUUCUAAUAUGGUCUUAUUUUUGUACAGUUACAAUUAAUAUGAUUAAAUUUAUGUGAGAGUUGAUUUGAAGUAAGAAUAUUUUUGUGUGUUGUAGAAGCUGAGACAAUAUUUGUUGAUCUUUGCUUAAAUAUUUCAAUACAGAUUGUAAUGUAAUAUAGUUGCCUAUAGCAUAAUUCGAUCGCCUUAUAAUUAGAAAGAUAAGCAUGUUUGUAAUAUGCAUAGCAUAGCAGUAAACUUGUUCGAGCCAAUACAAGCAACGAUAUGCGUGUUUGCAAGAAUUUAGCUUUUGCUACGACUUGUUAUAGCAAACAAAAGAGGAAUUAUGCCAACAAAAUGUAUCAUAUACAGAGGAUUGUGAAUUGCAAUUCGUCCAUUAAGAUUUAAGAAACAAAAUAAAGAUGCUUUAAAUGAAAGCAUCUCCUACAUACCCGGAGACUAAGUUUUGCUAGUUCAAUGAUAAAAUGAUUUAAAAAGGAAAAAAAGACGAAUAUAUACGCUUGCAAAACUAUUCUCCGAGUGUUUAUUUAAACGAAACGCAUUUUUCUGAUAAUAUUUUCUUGAUUGUCAUAUUUUUUACCUGAUCCUUGUUAUUUGUUACAUUGAAAUUAAUGUAUCAUACAUGCAAUAAAAGAAUAAGCUAUGUAUAAAUAAAGGAUAUCCUUGUUC